UCAACAACUCGAGAAGAAGCAGAAAAAAAGGCAAAAAAAGAAGAAAUAAUAAAUAAAAAUACAUGAAAAAAAUUAUCAAUUGUAGUGAAAAAUUUUGUACAUUUCGUUACUUUUGGAACGUCACUCGUGAGAUAAUUCGAAAAGUCUUGCCGUGCUAAUGUGAGACUUGCGUAUUUUAUCCAGCAAAGUUAGCCAUUUUACAAUUUUUACACACCAAAAAAAAAAUCCAUCGAGUUUUAAAGUUAUACGACUUCUACACACUGACUCGGUCACAAACUCCACGAAUGUAGCAUAGACCAAACACACACACUUCGCUCCAUUCAUUGCUGCGAGUGAAAUCGAAUUAUUAUUAUUAUUAUGAAAAAAAUGUUUUUAAAGUUUUAAUCAACCGAAGAAGUGCAGUUUUCCAUACCUACAUACAAAAAAAUAAAAUCGUCUUCAGCACAAAAAAUCCAGACAGCAUAAUUUUUGCAUCAUCAUCCGAAAAAAUAAUCAAAAAUAUUUUAAAUAAAAAAUAAUGAUGGAACAAAGUUUUUAAAAUAAAAUACAAAAUCAAAAAGUGAAUGAAAGUCGGGCAAAAACGACAAAAGUGAUAAAAAAAUUAAAUUAAGAGAAAAGUUUUAGCAAUGACUACUACUGCCAGUGCCAGUGAUGGUGAAGUUAGUAAUCAACAUGUGUUGUGUCAUAAUAACUAUUAUUUAGAUGAUCUAAAUCUUCGUCCGUUGUUGUUGUUGUUGUCAUUCGUUGUUGACGACGAUGAAACAUAAAUAGUAAAAAUAACUUUUUUUUUUGCACACACACACAACACACCGCACACCAUAGAGCGCCAUACCGCCGAGAAACAUGUGUACCAGAUGAUAUAUCAAUUUGAAAUGCUGAAAUGAUAAACGAUAAAAAACUAAAUUCAACAAAAAUAUUUAGAUUUCGUUCUGUGUGCGUGUUGUGAUGGACGUUCAACGUUGGUAGUAGUGUGCAAAUUUCUUGCAAACAAAAAAAAAAUUAUUUAAACACAAAAAAAAAUAUCAUAAAUUAUCAAAAAAAAAAACUGUAGCUGGCAAAUCGAUCACAAAAAAUCAAUCACAGUGGCAGCCGUAAGACAACAACCGCAGCACCAGCAAUCCAAAUUGCCAAAAGGUGCCAUCACCACAACGUCAACGGGUGAAGGCAAUUUAGCGGAUUGUGACAUUGUCGCGAUUCAACCGGUGAAGCAGCAUCAGCAGGACGUGGUUGUUCGUGUCAACACGAGCAAGACGACGCCACAAGGACUAACAUCGACGACAACGACGACGACGACGAAGAAGAAGAAGAACAGCAGCAACAACUCGAACAACAACAGCCAGAACAGCCACAGCAAUCGUUCGUCCGUGGACCAGCAUCGUGCGGCGGCGAUGCAAAGAUGUGGAUUAUGUUCAAUUUUGUCAAAUUUACUGCGACGUGCCAUGUGCAUUGGCAGCAGACGUGGCAGUGGUGAAUCCUACUAUCAAGAAUUGGCUGAAGCAAAUGUAAGUCACUCAAAUCAUUCACGGAUGUACCUGACAAUAGUCUAUAAAAGGGUUUCGUAUGUUCCAGAGGUACCAGCAAUGGACAAUAAUGAUAGUUCACUAUAUAUUCGUCUAAUACCAAACCCCGACGUAUCGCCAUCAUCUGAUCAAACGGCACCAACGCAAUUCCAGCUGGAGCAUCGUCGACUCUCGGAUACCGAUAGACCGUUACUGGAAGCACUCAUGCGACAAGAUGCGCAACGACGACACGCGUGCACGGGACGCUUCCUUACGAUGCACAAGCGCCGAAGAAAAAAGUUGUCAACACGUAACUUAGCGAUAGAUCAGGCGAUUUUGGAUGACAUUUUGCACGGACAAGUGCAAUGCAUCCUGGAUCGCGUUGGAAAUUGGCGUUUUAAUGCCUUUACUUUAGAAACGGUAACGGGAGGACGAUCACUGCCAGUGUUAUGUGUUCACUUGUUCCAUUGGUAUGGCCUUUUGGACCAUUUUAACCUAGACGUAGUUAGAGUAUGGAAGCUAUUUAGUCUCAUCGAGGAGGGUUACCACAGCACGAAUCCAUAUCACAAUUCGAUACACGCAACCGACGUAACACAAGCAAUGCACUGUUUCCUGCAGGAAAAACGAAUUCUCACGCAUUUGGAGCCGCUGGAGAUUAUGGCGGCGCUACUUGGUGCCGUAACGCACGACUUGGAUCAUCCCGGGGUCAAUCAGCCAUUUUUGAUCGCGACAUCAAAUCACCUCGCGGCCCUUUACAAAAACGCUUCCGUACUGGAAAACCAUCAUUGGCGCUCCGCCAUCGGAUGUUUGCUCGAAAGUGGUGUCGCCGAACAAAUCCAAGACAUUCGCCCGGAGCUCGAGGAGCAAAUCCAAAGUUUGAUCCUUGCCACGGACAUUACGCGUCAACAAGAAUUUUUGGCAAAAUUCAAGCGUUACAUCGACCCAGCGAACACGGAAGACGCUCUUGACAUGACGCGACACGAGCAUCGCCUCUUUAUUCUUCAAAUCUCGCUGAAAUGCGCUGAUAUUUGUAACCCGUGCAGGCCAUGGGACAUCAGCAAAAAAUGGAGUCAAAAAGUAUGCGAAGAAUUUUUCCGUCAAGGCGAUUUCGAGCGUCAAUUGAAUUUACCGGUGACUUCAUUGUGCGAUCGUCAAUCGACAUCGGUGCCGAAAAUCCAAUGUGGAUUCUUCAAAUUUGUCGUGACGCCGUUGAUGGAUGAGUGGCAUCGCUUCUUGAAGACUGACCUCUCGUACAAGAUGAUGCGACACCUGAAAUACAACCAGAAUCAGUGGGAAUGUCGAUUGCAGGCUGAAAUUGCGGAAGAGACAAGAACCGAAAUUUCCGAUGCCGAAAUGUUCGACGAUGUUGACGAAGCGGAAAUUGACGAACCGUGUCUCGACAUCUCGGAUAGCUCGGAAACGCUUUUGCCGCAAAUUGUGUUGCCGCCGUACGUGGUGCGACGUAGUUCGUUGCAAGUUCCGGGCGGAUUCGCAUCUCGUAACUUGGCGAAAGAUCGAAGGAUGUCGGUGCCGUUGCAUAACGUACCGAAAAUAAUUUUACCACCGAAGGACAAUAGCCCUCCGCACGCAAUACAGGAAUACGAGGAACAUGAUCAUAUCAAAUUCGACCAAGACUCGUUAUCGAUUUUAUCGUCGGACAGCGAUAGUGGCCCACGGCGCUCGUCAGCUGGCAGUACGGAGAAGGAACGCCCUCUGAGUGCGGAAAAUUUGCUGCCUGAUUGUUCGAUCGCUUCAAUGUCGGAUAGCGCGCAUGCCGAUCGCCUCAAUUUGGUGCUUCACGGUGCCUCGAGCGCCAAUACGUGCAAUACCUUGGGCAUCAUGACGACAUCGAAGCACUUGGUGCGCCAACAAACGUUCCCGCCGUUGCAGCCCUACGUGCGAACGCGUUACAUGUCAUCGACCGCCGAGCUGGGCGCCUGCCCCGAAGCUCUUGUCGAAAGUCGCAGCACAAGUUCGUCCUCCGGAUCGCAUAUUGACGUCGAUUUUAGUCGAAACCCAGCUGCUGUUGUCGCCACGAAGAAGGAAAGUGUCAAACGAAAACAAUCUGACGUCACUUCCGCAGAUCGGAGCAGCAAACUUGCCAAUUUGUGCGCCGCACUGCCACAAAAAGAGAAUCUCGAUCCGACAAAAAUGCGGAAAAAUUCUUCAAGACGAAGAGGAUCCGCUCCCGUAACUGUCGCUUUACCACCCAUGUCGGCGGGAAAAUCUUCCGAUAUCGAGCCAAUGGGGUUGUUUGUCAAAACUGACGACAAAUUGCGUCGUGGAUCGAUGCCAGCUGAGGUGAUUUCCAUGAACGCCACAGAAUUCCUCGAACCAUCGACCCCGAACACCGCGACAACAACCACUUCCGUUAGCAGCGAAUAUCCGCAUUACGCCAACAUCCAAAGACGCAGUUCGGUGCCCGUAGAUCCCGCCAGUUUGCGUUCCAGCAACGGGAAACGACGGAAUAAGAGUAAAAUUUUGCGUCGUCGAUCAUCGGGAGGGCCUGAACAAAUUUUGCUCGAAGGUGCCAGUACGAGCGGCAGUACGUGGUUGCGCAUUAAAAGGGCAGCUGGCGAACAAACGACACGAAAUGAGAAUCCGCUGUCGAAGAGACGGGGCUCGUUACCAGCUGACGUGCUCACAAUCGGAUAUUCAAGUACUUUACGACAUUAAAUGACGACUACGACGACGAUUUUUUUGUAUUUUGAUUUUUGCGACGCGAUUUUAAUGCGCCAGACAAACGAUUCUCUCAUUCUCUUCUUGCAGAGAUCGGAUGCGGAUAAUUUUUUGAACAAGAAAAAAAAACAAUGAUGACCAAAGAUUAUUUUUUACGUAGAAUUAUGAUUAUAAUUAUUAGCAUGAAAUCUAGUUGAUAUAAUUUUAAUUAUUUUUUUUUUUGUUGAAAAUUUUUAUGUUCUUCCAUUUUAAUCUUCCUAAAAAAAUUAUGGAAACUCCUGGUCUAUUCUAAAUAUUUU